AAAAAAUCAAUUGCGGCCGCCAUGAUUUCAAUAAUACCAUUCAUUUUGAUUCACACUUUGUUUUAUGUUGGAUAUUCUGAUGAUCAACCACUUACCACUACACUUCCACAAUCACCAACAUUAUUCCUCCCACCUUUUCACAUAUACCAUCAAAUAUCCAAACCAUAUUCUUCAUAUGAACCUCUCGAAGAAAGUAAGAGAAGAUCUCCACCACCAAGGAGAAGAUCUCCACCACCACCACCUAGGAGAAGAUCCCCCCCACCACCACCACCAAGAAUAAGAUCUCCACCACCACCACCACCUAGGAUAAGAUCUCCACCACCACCACCACCUAGAAUAAGAUCUCCACCACCACCACCACCUAGGAUAAGAUCUCCACCACCUCCACCUCCAUCACCACCACCACCUCCUCCAUCACCACCACCACCACCACCUUCUCCAUCACCAUCACCACCUCCUCCAUCACCACCUCCACCACCACCACCUCUUUCAUUUGACCAUUUCGUGUUAUCACAGACAUGGCCACCAACAUAUUGCAAGAUUAAAAAUAACAAAUGUGUCUCUCCAGAGCCACUAAAGUUUGUCAUUCACGGGUUGUGGCCAAGUAAAAAAGACACUCUGAUACAAGAUUGCGAUGAAAAAAUUAUAGAUGUUAAUGACCUUGAGCCACUAAUGGAAGAACUUAAUGAAGAUUGGCCAGCAUUAUUUGAAAAUGAUAACCAAACAGAAGCGAACAUUCAACUAUGGGUUGACCAGUGGAAUGGUCACGGGACUUGUUCGGUUGAGUUGUUCGAAUUUGUUCCUUACUUUGAAGAGACAUUAAAUGUUUACCAUCGAAAUAGUAUAAAAGACAUCCUUAUAGAGAAUGAUAUUAAUCCGGGCGGAACGUUUCCUAAAGAAAUUAUUCUCAAUGCAAUACACACACAUAUUUUAUUUAUGCCACAACUUCGAUGCAAGCGGAUUAAUGAUACAGAUUAUUUAUUUGAAAUAAGACUUUGCUUGACAGCGAGUGUUGAACUAGAGUAUAAAGAUUGUGAUACUCCUUAUAGUGGUUGUCACAAUGAGGAUGUGUAUUUUUAAUAAAUUAUAAUGUUAUUUUAUGGUCAUGAUGUCUAAGCUUUUGAAGUUCAAAGGAUGCUACUAAAGCUUCAUGGGAGUGUGAAGUUUGUCUCUUAUUUUAGUUUUCUACUAUGUAAUUUUUUUCUUUUUUUCCCGUGUUUUUAUUUUGUUGGAUGUUGUUGUUGUUUUAGUUCUAAACACCUUGUUGAUUACUUUUGUGUCUCCUUGGUCUUGCUUGUACUCUUUCAAUUUUCCUCUUUC